AUGGUACAAGUGAAGAAGUACUUGUGGAACAACUUGGGGGUGCCAUUAGUAGAGCCCCUUGAAGCCAAGCCAUCUGACAACUGCAUCUAUUCCAUUGUUCUUCAGCUUCCCCCCAAAGCAGAGGUGCUGGAAUUCCUGGAUUACCAAGGGAGAGAGCCUACACGACAAGCUCUGGCUGUGGUCCAUUUUGGAAACCAAGAGGACCCAAAUGUCACUGAAUAUGUAGUGGGUCCUCUUCCAAAGCCAACAUAUCACCAAGAUAUCACAGUGCAGAAGUAUGGAGGGAAGCUGCCAUAUUACCGAAGAUUUUUUUUGAGAAGUGAACGAGAAGAAAUGGUUAUUCUCUUGAGCAAGGAAUAUCCUAAAGCUCAAAACUUUAUGUACAGGAUACUUGACUAUAAUGGAAGUAACCUUGUUGGAGUCCCUGCUGUGCCACCAGGUUUUAAAUCAGGAGACAGGAAAAUAUGGAUAGGUCAUUGUCAGAAAGUAUCUGGUUUUUAUUUGCAUCCAGUUGGAUUGGAUGUGGAGGUAGAUGCUAGCAGCUUGAAUACUUCUGAGUGGAAAGUGCUGAAUGUGUUCUAUAAUGGACAGUACUUUAAGGGCAUGGAUGACCUUGAAAGGCAAUUCAACCAGGGCCGUGUUAAAGUGGUCAAAGUAAAGGAGGCGCCUCUUGAUGGGGGAUACUCGUCACUGAAACCAAGAGUCCCACCUGAGCGGCCAGGCCCUUUGCAAUAUGAACCUCGUGGUCCACGCUACUGCAUCAGGAACAACCAAGUCACCUUCAUGUCUUGGAGUUUUGCCUUCGGAAUGGAAGUCAACAGAGGGCCACGGAUCUUCGACAUUAGGUUUGAGGGUGAGCGGAUUGUCUAUGAGUUAAGUGUGCAAGAUGCGACUGCCCUCUAUGGCUCCAAUAGUCCAGGGGCAAUGAUUACCAGGUACAUGGACCUAAGCUUUGCCCUUGGGAAAGGAACUUCCACACUCACCCAGGGCAUUGAUUGUCCUUACUUAGCUACCUAUUUGGACAGCCACUAUUUCCUUGAUUCUUCAUUACCUGUCACACACAAAAAUUCUAUCUGCAUCUUUGAGCAAAAUUCCGGGAUUCCAAUACGACGCCAUUAUGACCAGCUACUCCGUGCAUUUUAUGGAGGGGUGGUUGAUUCAGUUCUGGUCUUCCGAUCCAUUUCUACAAUGGGUAACUAUGACUAUAUCUGGGAUUUUGUGUUUCAUCAAAAUGGAGCUGUUGAAGUUAUAGUGCAUGCCACUGGGUACAUUCAGACUUCUUUAUUCUUUGGUAACGCCUCAGAUUUUGGAAACAGGGUUGAAGAGUUGUUACUGGGAACAAUGCACACUCACAAUAUUCAUUACAAAGCAGACUUGGACACUGGAGAACUGGAUCUGCUGAGUGUUUGA